AUGCCUAACAGUAGCAACGGGAGCAUCAAGCCGCCGAACCACUACCUGCACGAGCUGCCGCAGGUGGAGGAGGAGCGGCUGGAGAGCCUAUUCAAGCGUAUCGACUUGGACGGCAACGGCCGCAUUGACAUUCUAGACCUCACCCAGGCCCUGCACGACACCGGGGUGCACCAGGGAUACGCACAGAAAUUUAUCGAGCAGUCUGAUCAAAACAAAAGUGGUGAUGUCAGCUUGGCAGAAUUUAUCCACUAUGUCCGUGAGCACGAAAAGAAACUGCGCCUGCAGUUCCAUAGUCUGGAUAUUAAUAAGGAUGGGAAAAUUGACUUGGAUGAGAUGGUGACUGCAUUCAAACAUCUAGGCAUUGAGAUUCAUCGCAAUGAAGCAAAGAAACUGCUUCAAAGAAUGGACACGGAUGGCACCCUAGAUAUAAGCUAUGAAGAGUGGCGAAACUACUUGCUCUACGCCCCGAGCACUGACAUCAGGGACAUCAUUAACUACUGGAGGCACUCGACGUAUCUGGACUUCGGCGAGGACAUGAACGUGCCGGACGAUUUCACGCAGAAAGAAAUGCUGACCGGCAUGUGGUGGAGACACUUGGUGGCCGGCGGAGUCGCCGGCAUGGUUUCGCGCACCUUCACAGCGCCGCUCGACCGACUCAAGGUGUUUCUGCAGGUCCACGGAACUAAACAAACUAAACUGGUCAGCUGCUUGCGCAACAUGUUGGCCGAGGGCGGCGUGUGGAGCCUGUGGCGAGGGAACGGCAUCAACGUGCUCAAGAUCGCGCCAGAGUCGGCCCUCAAGUUCAUGGCCUAUGAACAGGCGAAAAGGGUGCUGCGGGGCUCUUCCUCCAGGGACCUCUCCAUCUAUGAACGCUUUGUGGCUGGCUCCUUUGCUGGAGGCUUCAGUCAAACUAUUAUUUACCCUUUGGAGGUGCUGAAAACAAGACUUGCGUUGAGGAAGACUGGUCAGUAUAGUAGUAUUGCCGACGCAGCAAAGAAGAUUUACGCCAAAGAGGGAUUGAGAAGUUUUUAUAGAGGCUACGUACCUAAUCUGCUGGGCAUUAUUCCUUACGCGGGCAUCGAUCUUGCCGUGUACGAGACUCUUAAAAACUAUUACCAGCGGCAGAACGAAUCGGAAGGGAACCCAGGAGUGCUGCUUUUGCUAGCCUGUGGCACCACCAGCUCCACGUGUGGCCAAAUAGCGUCCUACCCACUAGCAUUAGUCAGAACAAGGCUACAAGCACAGACGAUGGUAGCUACAAGUGCGGGCGUGGCUCCGGCGCAUCUCACCAUGAUGGGCACCAUCCGCGGCAUCAUCCAGCGGGACGGGCUGACCGGCCUGUAUCGCGGCAUCGGACCCAACUUCCUCAAAGUGGCGCCGGCCGUCAGCAUCAGCUACGUCGUCUAUGAGAGGUGUCGUGUAGCACUGGGAGUAAACAUGACGUGAGCAUACGGUACGCACCACCCUCUCUCUGCUGAACGUUGCUGCUUUGAGUUAAAUUAUUGGCAAGAGUGCUGGUUGUGAUAAUUAGAAGAAGUGGUGAGGAGGCUACAAGUAGACUUUUGCAGGACCUCUAUUAUUAAUUUUGCUCUCCGUCGCUUCCACUUUGGGACCAGGGUUUUUUUAAACACUAAUAGCAAGUGAAAUUGAUCUUUGUUGAAUUUGAAAAAUUCGCUUCUUGUUAGAUCUGGAUUCUUUGAUUUUUAUGUGGACGAAAUGCUCCCAAAGUGGAAAGUAUCGUCCUUCAAACAAAGACUGAAUACAUAGUUUGGAGGACUCCAUGGUCACCCUGAUACUAUUAGUAAAAUUCUGGUAUCAAAUUUGCAAAUGAGCCUUGGCCUACCCUGAGAAUGUGAAUAUCCGCGAUGAAUCAAAUUUUUAUAGCACACCACCUCUGCGCUAGAUAUACUCACUUCCUUCUGCCCUUAGUUGAGUUAGCAAGUGUGAAACACUUGAGCAGAGUUUGCCAAUUUUAUUUUUGUACGACUCUGACGGCACCACACACAUUUUUUCCACGACUAACUAAGAAAGCUACUCCUGCUCUUCCAAGUCACGUGAAAGGGGAAAAUAGUUAUUGUUCGCUCUCGCGCCACCACUGCUCUAUUUUUUACUAUUGCUUACUUUCUUUGUAAACAGUAUUUUAAGCAAUAACUCUUGAAUGAGGAAAUGGAGGGUGCUCCGUUCACUACUACUUGAUCAUGUUCCCGCAAUCUCUGAAUUCACUUGGAUCACACAAAUCAAUGCUUGCUGGCAGGUGUGAAAUCUGAUCCGAGUGGCUGCAGUUAAUUUAUUAUUAAUUUAUACUUGAAAUGAGGGUGUCAGUUAGUUAGCCAACUUGUCCAGGUUGAAACAAGCCGCCCAUCCAGGGCGCCAUGGUCUGUACUGAGAAUCGAGAGUGCUCUUGUAGAUAAUGAGAAAUUACGCUCUUUUUCAAUAUUAUUGUGAUCGAAAGACAGUUGCUUAUCGAUAAAAUACCAGAUUGUUUGUAGCGAAUGGGGCAAGCGAGCACAAACUCGGUGCUGGCGGUGAAGUUGACACACAUUCCAUGCCUUGUUCUCUUUUGGGUGUCGUCUUUGGUCUUCUUGCUACGAUUUUAUCACAACCAAGAACGUUUUUUAAAAUUAACUGAUGCUUAAAAAGUGAUUCAAUUAGUUAUAUCGUCUGUGUACACACCAUUUAUAUUCAUUAACUAGAUGUGGUUGAUGUCCACCUUUGGCUUUUCUCACUUGUUACUGUUGAUCACACAAAUAACGUGUUGUUGGUCUUUAAAAUUAAAGUUGAAAAAUCGCAUAAAAAGCACGCUGAACCUUUAGUAGCUGCAGAUUACUAAAACGUCUGUUCGCCUCCUAAUACUCACACCGUUUCUUGCUGAAACGACACAUUUUGAGUUUACCAUGAGCCGUGAAUUAUAUUGUUAUCAAACUGACAAAUGGGCAUAUUAUGUUGCUCAUUUAAACCGAUAGUUGAGAGUUGAAAAAGACACCUGUUUCCCGCUAAACAUACACAAAGGUCAGCUUAAUAAUACAAACAAAUAAACUAUGUAUAAUAAAAGUGUAUAUAUAUGAAUGAAUAUUGGAUGAUCAAUCACAGUGAUUGCAGACAUCAUUUUGCUUGUAUCACAGCUGAAGAAAUGAAUAAAUAAAUGAAUCUACCAAUAAA